GUCAAACUCGAGAGUGGCCAAUUCGUCGCCUUUGUCAAUCCAUCCGGCUGCGGAAAGACAACCAUGAUAUCUUACUAGAGAGAUUCUACAACCCUUACCAGCCGAUAGUCCUUAUCAACGAAACCACGACUCUUCGAAAGAAUCAUCCGCAACAAUAUAUCCCUCGGACUCGGCAAUUCUGAGUGCACCGAGAUCAAUCUGAUUCAAGCGUGCGAGGCCGCAGAUAUUCACGAUCCUAUUACCUGCUUCCGGAUAGAUAGUCGACCUAUCGGGCAUCAAGGCUCAAUCAUUCCUGGGUGAAAGACGACGACAACGUCCUGGUUUUAUGCAGGCAUUAGUACGCAGACCAUUCCUCUACUCGAUGAAGCGACAUCGAAUCUGCACCCUAGUCCCAAAAAAAGGUACAGGCAGUACUCAGGCGCUUGGCAGCGAAGGGAUGUAUGACGAUCGUGGCAGUUACGCAUAUACUGGCUACUAUACCGAAAGCGGACACGGCAUUUGUCUUUGGUGUAAGCCAGAGCAGAUAUGGGUUCAGGUUGUAAAGCUGAGAAGUCAUCAGGAACUGCUACGGGAUAACGAGAUGUGUUGGCAGACGUGUCAGGAAAAUGCGCUCGAUCGAUUAUUGUACACUACGUGAUUUCAUUCCGUAUAGGUGGCACUGUGUUUGAAGAAUCUGUCUAUUGGAAGUUGCUUCAUCAUACAUACAAUAUCAUGGAU